AUUUUAGUAUACCAUCAAUUAUUCGAUGGACGAAAUUACACUACGGAAAUUUAAUUACUCUCAGAGAAUUCGUACAUAUCGUUAAAUUAAUUAAUAAGAUUUGGAAUAAUGCAUCCUGCCUCAGAAGAUACACAAUCCGGGCAGGCCACCUGUGUAGUGCAAACACGAGAGGGGCCUAUACGCGGUUAUAUUGACAGAAAUGAUGAGGGAACUUACUACAAAUUCAAAAGCAUACCUUUUGCCAAGCCUCCUAUUGGCCCCUUACGAUUUAUGCCACCUCAACCUAUUGCUCCAUGGGCUGAAGAACUAGACUGCACCACGAAUUCGCCUACGCCUGUAUGUGUUGGCCGCGAACGAAAGAUGAUUGGCACAGAGGACUGUCUAUAUCUCGAGGUCAUCAGUCCCAACAUCAAACCUAACAAGCCCAUGCCCGUCAUGUUUUUUAUGCCCAGUUAUGGGUUUGGAUUUCGUCUAGAAGAGAUUUAUGAUGCAUCUUUAAUAACCAAUCAUGAUGUUGUCUAUGUGAUUUGCAAUGGAAGGUUGGGGCCAUUUGGCUUCUUGUCUAUUAAUGACAUAUCUGCACCAGGUAACAAUGGACUGAAAGACUUAGUAUUAGGUCUGAAAUGGGUUCAGAGAAAUAUACAUACCUUUGGAGGAGAUCCAAAGAACGUCACUAUAUUUGGUUCAAGUUCAGGUGGCUCUAUGGUGCAUUUCAUGAUGCUUUCCCCAAUGGCUACUGGGCUAUUCCACAAAGCGAUUAUUCAAAGUGCCACAGCAUUAAAUAAUUGGUCUAUAGAUAAGAACCCAACCGCAGUAGUAACAGAACUGGCCAUGAAGUUGGGCAUACAAACAAGCUAUAUGGUUACAGUCAUAGAGAAAAUAAAAAAAUGCUCAAAAGAUGAAAUUACAUCUGCCUGGAUGGACAUGGUCCAAGAAGGUAUUGCGCGAUUUGAAGGUAAUUUUGUGGAUUCAGUCUUUAAGCCCUGCAUUGAACAAGAGUUUGAGGGCCAACCCACGUUUCUUACAAGAAGCCCAAUAUUAAUUGUUAAAUCUGGUAAUUUCAAUAAAGUGCCAUUUAUAAUUGGAAGCAAUAAUAAAGAAGGCGAGUUUGUGCGCUUUAUUGGUGUCAAUUAUUAUGACUACAAAAAGAUAAAUGAAAAUGUAAGACAUAUGGUUCCAAAACCAAUAGCAGUAGAAGAUAAUUUAGACCAAGUAAUAGGGCAAAAGAUUUUGAAGUUUUAUUCAGGUGGUGAUGAUUUUAUGAAUGAGGAUAGUAAAGACCAAUAUAUACAACUUAUUAGCGACUUCUUUUUUAUAUACCAUGUAACCAAAACUGUCCAACUGCACAAAACCUUUGCACCAGAAUGUCCAAUAUACUACUAUAUCUUAACCCAUGCCGGGGAAUGGAGAUUGCCAGAGGAUUUGGAAUUAUUUAAUUGUGUUGGACAUCAUGCAGAGAUACCUUAUAUAUUCCGUAUUGCAAUCCCGGGAUCGCCACCUUGCAGGGGCAGUCGCGACUCUGUUACCACUAGAAGCAGAGUUGUCAAAAUGUGGACCAACUUUGCCAAAUAUGGAAACCCAACACCCGAUGAAAACGAUCCGCUUCUACAGAUUAAAUGGGACCCAGUAGAUAACGCCAAUAAGUUGAAUUAUUUAAAUAUCGGAUCUGAACUCACCAAAGGAAGGAAUCCGUUCAGGGACAGAAUGGCGUUCUGGGACGAUCUGCUCCACCAGCAUAAGUUCCUGAAAAUACUGAGUUUCUUCCAGGAUUUCGGAAUGGCUUGCUGAUAUGAAUAUACAGUAAAACCCU